GAUCGUUCACAACAGAUUACUUAAAUGGAGAACACCUGCAAAUAAAGAACCAAAGAAGAAAACUUGAGCUUGAUCUAACAUUCAAUGAGAAGAUAAAGGAUGGAUAUCAUUGUGAUUUCAUUGCUCAUUUUGCCUUGCCUGUGUAAUGCUGGCUCUACAGACAAUCUUGCUUUUGGAGCCAACGCUGUUCAGUCCUCCACUUACAAUGAAUUAGCAGAUGCUAAUCAUGCUGUAGAUGGUAACAGAGAUUCAAAUUACAUGAUGGGCUCAUGCUCUCACACCGGAAUAGAAAAUAAUCCCUGGUUGAGAGUGGACCUCAAAAGGAUCUACAGUAUUAACAAAGUUAUCAUCAUUAAUCGUGGAGACUGUUGUGAAGAGAGGAUAAUAGGUGCUCAGAUCCGUAUUGGCAACAGUCUGGAUAACAAUGGCAACAACAAUAAGCUGGCUGCAACAAUUGGGUCCAUCCCACUUGGAGGCACACAAACAUUUACAUUUGACAAUAUUCUGGGGCAAUAUGUCAACAUCUUUCUACCUGGAACACAAAAAAUCCUCACUCUGUGUGAAGUUGAGGUGUAUGCAGAUAACAUUGCUUUAGGAGCCAAUGCUGUUCAGUCCUCCACUUACAAUGAAUUAGCAGAUACUAAUCAUGCUGUAGAUGGUAACAGAGAAUCAAAUUACAUGAUGGGCUCAUGCUCUCACACCGGAAUAGAAGAUAAUCCCUGGUGGAGAGUGGACCUCAAAAGGAUCUUCAGUAUUAACAGAGUUAGCAUCACUAAUCGUGGAGACUGUUGUCCAGAGAGGAUAAUAGGUGCUCAGAUCCGUAUUGGCAACAGUCUGGAUAACAAUGGCAACAACAAUGGGCUCGCUGCAACAAUUGAGUCCAUCCCACUUGGAGGCACACAAACAUUUACAUUUGACCAUAUUCUGGGGCAAUAUGUCAACAUCUUUCUACCAGGAACACAAAAAAUCCUCACUCUGUGUGAAGUUGAAGUCUAUUCAGAUAACAUUGCUUUAGGAGCCAGCGCUGUCCAGUCCUCCACUUUGGAUCAAUUUGGAGAUGCUAAUCAUGCUGUAGAUGGUAACAGAGAAUCAAUAUACACGAUGGGCUCAUGCUCUCACACCGCAGGAGAAGAAAAUCCCUGGUGGAGAGUGGACCUCAAACGUAUCUACAGUAUUAACAAAGUUAGCAUCACUAAUCGUGGAGACUGUUGUGAAGAGAGGAUAGCAGGUGCUCAGAUCCACAUUGGCAACAGUCUGGAUAACAAUGGCAACAACAAUAAGCUCGCUACAACAAUUGAGUCCAUCCCACUUGGAGGCACAAAAACAUUUACAUUUGACUAUAUUCAGGGGAAAUAUGUCAACAUCUUUCUACCUGGAACACAAAAAAUCCUCACUCUGUGUGAAGUUGAAGUCUAUGCAGAUAACAUUGCUAUUGGAGCCAAAGCUAUCCAGUCCUCCACUAUAGAAGAAUUAGGAGAUGCUAAUCAUGCUGUAGAUGGUAACAGAGAAUCAAUAUACACGAUGGGCUCAUGCUCUCACACCGCAGGAGAAGAAAAUCCCUGGUGGAGAGUGGACCUCAAUAGUAUCUACAGUAUUAACAGAGUUAGCAUCACUAAUCGUGGAGACUGUUGUGAAGAGAGGAUAGCAGGUGCUCAGAUCCGCAUUGGCAACAGUCUGGAUAACAAUGGGAACAACAAUGAGCUCGCUGCAAUAGUUGGGUCCAUCCCACUUGGAGGCACACAAACAUUUACAUUUGACCAUAUUCAGGGGCAAUAUGUCAACAUCUUUCUACCAGGAACACAAAAAAUCCUCACUCUGUGUGAAGUUGAAGUCUAUUCAGAUAACAUUGCUUUAGGAGCCAAUGCUGUCCAGUCCUCCACUUUCGAUCAAUUUGCAGAUGCUAAUCAUGCUGUAGAUGGUAACAGAGAACCAAUAUACACGAGGGGCUCAUGCUCUCACACCGCAGGAGAAGAAAAUCCCUGGUGGAGAGUGGACCUCAAAAGUGUCUACAGUAUUAACAGAGUUACCAUCACUAAUCGUGGAGACUGUUGUCCAGAGAGGAUAAUAGGUGCUCAGAUCCGUAUUGGCAACAGUCUGGAUAACAAUGGCAACAACAAUGAGCUCGCUGCAACAAUUGAGUCCAUCCCACUUGGAGGCACACAAACAUUUACAUUUGACAAUAUUCAAGGACAAUAUGUCAACAUCUUUCUACCUGGAACACAAAAAAUACUCACUCUGUGUGAAGUUGAGGUUUAUACAGGUUGAGUGGCAUGAUGAAGUUACACCACAGUCCACCAAAAGAAGAAGAUAACAUCUAAAAAAAAGUCCCUGGCCCUGAAUAUUUUUUUUUCUAAUUAAUUUUGCCAAAUACAUAUUUUUGUCUUCUAUUGAUGUAACAAAAAUAAUGUACAAAAUAAAUACAUAAAGCAUGUUA